CUUUCGUUGCCUUUAUAAAAGCAAACAAUGGAGCUCACACAUUCAGUUGUUCAUUAUCUGCCCAGCUAAUCACGUGGUUUGAUACGACAAGCAUUCACUGGUUUACACAUAUUUCCCAACAUGGUGUCUUCGAUGCAGAUGAGUUUGGUGGUUGCCUUAUUCGGUCUCCUAUCGUUAUGCAGAGCGGGAAUCAUCCACGACUAUCACCAUCAUCAUGACCUUCAUUAUCAUGAGCACCCGAAAUACGCGUUCGACUACUCAGUGAGCGACUUCCACACGGGCGACUCGAAGAGCCAAUGGGAGACGCGCGACGGUGACGUCGUGAAGGGCCAAUACACGGUCGUCGAGCCGGACGGUACGCUGCGAACCGUCGAGUACACGGCUGACGACCACAACGGCUUCAAUGCAGUCGUGAAGCGAACCGAACCCAAACACCCCGUUCCCGUGCACACGGCUCAUCAUCAGCUGCAUCACACCGUCGACUAUGGACACCAUCACUACGAAGCUCCUCUCUACUACAACCAUCUCCAGUAGGACAGCUGGACACCAGCCCAAUAAACCGAGUACCUGUGAUCUCACCACUCACCCCAUCAACCACAAGGCUCAUAUUCACAAAAAAAUUCAAUGUUUUCAAAUAGUAGAAAGGACAUCACUGUAAAAUACAAAUUGAUAAUCAUAGCACCCUUUUAAUAUACAUGUCUGAAGAGUUCGAAGCAUGUGUUUAAAUAAAUAUUGAAAGGGUGUUUUGUAAAGAGAACAUCGUAGUAUAUUAC